AUGAAACAUCCACAUUAUUAUGAUUUACCAAAAGGACACAUGGAAAUUGGAGAAAGUGAACAACAAACAGCUUUACGAGAAUUAUGUGAAGAAACAGGAAUCAAAUCAUCAGAUAUUGAUGUCGAUUCUAACUUUCGAUUUGAAUAUAUUUACUAUCCGACAUACGAACGCUUUGGAGGCGAACAAGUGAAGAAGACGCUCGUAGUAUUUUUAGCAAGACUAAAAUCAGAUUCAACACAAGUUAUUCCUAGUGAGCAUCACGAUUUUCAAUGGUUCACUUGGAGUUCUCCACCAAUUCCUAUACAAACACACACAAUCGAUCCGUUACUGGAUAAAGUGUAUGCACAUCUAAACACAUAA